UAUUGCACAAAAACCGCUUGUGACCUCAGGUGACCUCGGAUGACCCAGUGACACCUUCCUGCCUUCCACCUUUAUGUCGGUUUUACUGUCUCGUGUGGUGUGCUUUCAUGUUUACAUAUUUCCUUUAAAUGAUGUCUUAUGUCUAUGCCUUGCCCUGAAAACUCCUGUUCUAGCGUCUCCAAGUCGUUAAGCUCUCCCAUGCCCUUUCUUUUUCCAAGCGUCCUGAACCUUACUCAUGCUCGGUACAUGGAGCUGGCUGACCGCGCCCUUGUUCAAUGGCCGGCGCUGCACUUUGGGUGCAGCCCGAAACAGGCACUGUCGCAGGUCAAAGCAAAAAUACAAUGGCGCGUAAGGAAUGAGAAGCGACGAGACGACGGAAGUGAUGCCGAACUCCAAGCGUCAUCAAAGAGGUUGUCACGCGGAAAAACAUUCAAGGGAUCGCGAUAUGAAGGAUUCGAAGGCUACAAGGAGUACCUUCCGCCUAUGCCGGAGGAAGACGUUCAGCAUCUGAGAAACCGCCUCUUGAAGCAUCUACACGAGGCUAACCUGACGAGCGAAGGCAAAGCUGAGCGAGAGGCCCUGAUCAACUCGACGUUCGCAGACAGGCGCAGGCAUGUGGUGACGCUCCGCACCAGCAUGCGCAAGCUUUUGGAGCUGUAUCCAAUCUUGCGGAACCCAGACGAAAUCUGGCGUGAGCUGGCCAAACUGGAGGGGGAGACGGAGUCGUCUAAGCUUGGUGACUACAGGCGCCGCCUGAGCGACUUUCUCACCGCCAUCCAACUGAUCACAGAAUGUCAAGACACCGACUGCGUGGAGUCUCUCCUCUACUACCUAGACGCGAACCCCGAGGACAUCUUUGAGGGAUCAGGAAGCGCGCCGCACUACCAGGUCAACGACGACGGGUCCAUCGGCCUUUUCGUCGAGGGGGUCUGCUUGACAAGGUCGGUGGACCGGAGCAGCAAGGCUGAUCUCCUGCUUCUGUGGGCAGCGAUUUUCCCAGUGUUCAACCAGAAGUGCCCCGUGUCUAAGGCUAAGAACGCUCUGAUAUUUAUCACGGUGAACAUCUUUGAAAAGGGGGGCAACCAAACUCUUUCCAACCGUGUCCUGGGACGAGUCCAGCGUCUCAAGCAGCUCUGUGCGUAGCUCUGUGAGUAGCUUAGAACGGAACCUGAGAACGGAACGCCUUUGCCGCUCGGCUGUUAACACUUUCAAACCGUGUGACACGUCCAGCGUCUCGAGCAGCUCUGUGAGUAGCUGAGCACAGAACUUGAUAACGGAAUGUCUUUUCCGCUCGGCAGUUAACCCUUCGAACCGCGCCCUGGGACAUGUCCAGAGUCUCAAGCAUCUCUGUGCGUAGCUCUGUGCCUAUAGCUUAGAACGUAACUUUAGAACGGAGCGCCUUUGCCGCUCGGCAGUUUCCUACAGAAGAUUACUUUUUUAGGUUCAUUUUUAGUACAAUAAGAGAAAUAUUACUGUUUGCAGUUGUAAGCUUGCUGAAAGGAGCUUGAAUGCAGUUUUGAAUAAACAUGUUUGAUGAGUUUAA